GUAUACUCUCUGGACAACCCGGAUGCCUUUCAAAGUUUCUACAGCCCCCAUAAGACCCAGCUGAAGAACCCAGUGAUGGAGAGGCUGGCAGACCAGCUUGCCACCCUGUGUGCCACCCUGAAGGAGUACCCUGCUGUCAGAUACCGAGGGGAGUACAAAGACAAUGCCACCCUGGCCCAGCUGUUGCAGGACAAACUGGACGCCUACAAGGCAGAUGACCCCACCAUGGGGGAGGGUCCCGAUAAGGCUCGUUCUCAGCUGAUCAUCCUGGACAGGGCUUUUGACCCCGUCUCCCCCGUACUGCAUGAGCUCACCUUCCAGGCCAUGGGCUACGACUUGCUGCCCAUUGAAAACGACGUCUACAG